AUGGCCAUGUCCGGAUGUGAGGAGCGGGCUCUGCUGGAGGUGAACCGGCGAAGGGAGACGUGGUGUCAGGUGGAGCGGCAGGCCGCUCAGGCCUGGGAGCGGCCGGAGAGGAGGCACUUCCGCUGCCACCUCCGGACCAGUGGCGCUCAGCCCGGCGGAGAGCAGCACCGGGCGGCCUGGAUGCUGCAGCAACUGCCGGCCCGUCGCCCGGAGAGACGGCACUUCGAGGAGAGCUACAAAACCCACCUGGUCUCAUCCGCCACAGACUGACAAAAUCCUCUGCUCGACUC